GUACGCGCUUCCAGCUUUUGCAAGCGCGCAGCCAGCAGGAGAAACUCGCCGGCUUACGUCGCACGCAGCACAUCGCACAGCUGCACGGGUCAGUUCAGUCGAGCACGAGACAACCGGCUCGUACGCUGCCGCCUCAGGGUAGACACACAUUCAACACACGAAGAGACCAACAAGAAAGUCCCGUUAGAUCUGCUGCGGCGCGCGUGUACAACGUGACCACAGGAAUCAAAUUGUUAUGCAAGCAACACCAUCAAUUCCCAACUCAUAAUUCUCAAUCAAGUUCGAAUUAGUCAUACACAUCAGUGUGUCACUGUGGCGUGCAAGUGCAGAUGCAUGCAUCGGUAGUGUUUGAAAUGCGUGACGUGUGUAAAAUGUGUAAAAACAGCGCGCACACUUCCGAAUGUUGCAAAAAAUCGUGAGGCAUUCCAAACACUAAUCAUACCAGUUUAAAUAUGUGCCACACAACAAUAAACUUCAAGAUGCUUUCAUCGCGAAAUUUCCUGCUCAUCUGCUUCGGCGUUGCUGUGACAUGCGUCGCAUCCGCAGCGUCUACCAAUGCCACCGCAAGCGAAUGGCAAAUCUCCUGCACGCCGCAAAACAGCACCAUCGUGAUGUACACCAGCGCGAACGUCACCUGUGAUAUUCAAGGACCCGAAAAAGCGUAUUCCGAACACACGAUUAUCGUGCACAGUAAUAAUCCCGACGUGAUAGAAGUGAAAAACACCGAAGUAUGGUUAAAAAAAGAGAAAGACACGCAAUACUACCCGGAGUCAUUCAACGUCUACGGCGUGUUCAUUGGUCAGACGAAUGUGUCCGUCCAAAUUCGGCGCAAGCACGAUGCCGAGCCGGAAGCGACCGAAAACCUAAACUUUAUCGUCAUUCGUAAAAUGUCUACGCUGGACAUUGUCUUCCAUGUGUCCGUCAUUGGUCUGAUCACAUUGAUGUAUGUGAACUUUGGCGCUGCGUUCAAUUGGGGAGCGCUGAAGGAGAAUAUGCGUCGGCCUGUGGUGCCAAUUUUAGGUUUUGGCAUUCAGGUCAUCUGCAUGCCUCUGAUAAGUUUCAUGCUUGGAAGGCUAAUCUUUCCUGAUAAUGUCCCAAUGCAGUUGGGGUUGUUCUUCUCUGGAAUUGUACCGAGUGGCGGUGCUUCCAACAUGUGGACGUUAAUUCUCGGCGGAAAUCUUGAUUUGUCCAUAACGCUGACGACGAUGAGCACGCUGGCGGCGUUCGCGUCGAUGCCAUUUUGGAUUUUCACACUCGGUAGAGUGAUUUAUCACGAUGGCAACAUGUCGGUGCCAUAUACACGUAUCAUGCAUUUCUCAAUGUGUCUAAUCAUACCUUUAUUCGUCGGAUAUCUGAUCCAGCGCUUCCUGCCGCGCUUGUCGCAGUUCCUCGUGCGGAUCUUGAAAGGUUUAUCCGGCGCCCUGCUCGCGUUUAUCAUUGUGUUUGCAAUGAUCACGCAAGCGUACAUCUUUAAACUGUUUUCAUGGAAGAUUGUACUUGCCGGUAUGUGUUUACCAUGGAGCGGAUACAUCCUGGCUUUUUCUAUUGCGAAGCUCUGUGGACGCGAGCACCCCGACGUGUUGGCGAUUGCAGUUGAGACUGGCAUCCAGAACACUGGUAUUGCGAUAGGAUUGCUCAAGACGACGUUACUGCAACCCGCCGGUGAUCUGACUGUAGUGGUGCCAGUGGCGGUUGCUGUGAUGACGCCAUUUCCGCUGCUCGCUGUCUAUUUGUACCAAAUGGCGCGGCGGCGGAUACAACAGAAAGAGUGCGACGACAAAGAAGCGUGGCUCGGUCGACAACUGAUGAUGGACGCAUCGCCGCCUCACUCACCAACCACGGAGCUGCUGGCGGCGGACAACGACAAUAACUUCAACCUCACCGGACCAAAGACCAACCAACAACAGCAACACCACAACCAUCAUCAGCACGCCAAGCUCAAGCUGGACGAUAACUAUUUUACUACUAUGGAUCUACAGUGCAAUAUUUAGUUUCGCAUUUACAUUUACAGAAACACAGAACAGAGGUUUGUAAGUGAGCGCCAUCUACAUGUAGAUUCAUGUAACUUCUCUUGAAUGUACUUCUCCGUACUUGUUGAAUAUUCCUGUUUUGUUUUUGUUUUCGUUGUUUACCAAAAAUGUUGAUAGCGAGUUGUUAAAUAUUCUAAAUUAUCGACGUGAUUCCAACAAAAAAAAAAAGAACUAAAAUGUACAAAAGUUUAGUCAUUUUAGACUGUUUGUCCAAUACGUGUUGUCAACUGUCAAAUUUCUGACAGUUGACAACAUCGUAACCAUACUCGUAUCGUAGUCGAUACAAAGUAUUACAAAGAAAAGUGAUCAGUGUUUUACAUUCUCAUCGUUCGUUCGUUGUACAAACUUUUCAAAAUGUUCUUCCAAAAAGAAAACAAAAGAUUUAACAAACACAAGUAAAAACUCUAAAAACUAACCCUAUUACUAAGCGGAUAUUAAACGAAUCUAUUUUGUGGAGAUUGUUCCUAGAAGAAGUUUAAAAAAAAAACAGCAAAACACACGAACACAUUGUAUAUAUAUAUAUAUGAAACAUUCUUAGAGUCGGGGAGUCCAAACAAGUUUUCGUCGUUCACUAAAAUAAUUGUCGCCUCGGGCUUGUCGAGGCGUUGUUCUCUUCUUCUCUCGGAAUGCAUAAAUUUAUUAAUAAAUAAUGUUUGUUAAUAAUA